CCUGGAAAAUACCGAGCCCCGGGGAGCGGAGCCCCGGAGCCUCUGAGCCUAGCCCGGAGGGAGGGAGAAAGGGAGGGGGCGCGCGGGGCGGGGGGGGGCACGGGGCGGGGCAGGGCGGCGGGACCCACUGCUCCUCCCCCCGGAGCCCCCGCGCGGCCCCGGUCGCCCGGGCAGCAGCGGCGGCGGCUGAGGCGCUCGCACCCCGGGCCCUGGCGGGCCCCCGCGGAGCAGCGGGCACAGGGGGCCAGCCUCUGCCUGUCUCGAACUCUCCAUCGGCCCAGGACCCCGGACAGCCCCACCCGCGCCCCCAGCGCACUGACUCCCGUCCUCAAACCGGUCCUGCAGGUCCCAGGAAGGUGGCGUCAGCAUCUGCAGCCGCGUCGACGUUGUCGGAGCCUCCGCGGAGGACCCAGGAGAGCGGGACUAGGACCAGGGCGCUGGGCCUCCCCAUGGAGAAGUCCGCUGCCUCAACAGAGCCCCAAGGGCCUCGGCCAGUCCUGGGCCGCGAUAGUGUCCAGGUGCCCGACGACCAGGACUUCCGCAGUUUCCGGUCAGAGUGUGAGGCCGAGGAGGGCUGGAAUCUGACCUACAGCAAGGCCGGCGUGUCUGUGUGGGUUCAGGCUGUGGAGAUGGAUCGGACCCUGCACAAGAUCAAGUGCCGGAUGGAGUGCCGCGAUGUGCCAGCUGAGACACUCUAUGACGUCCUACACGACAUUGAAUACCGAAAGAAGUGGGACAGCAACGUCAUUGAGACUUUCGACAUUGCCCGCUUAACAGUCAAUGCUGACGUGGGCUAUUACUCUUGGAGGUGUCCAAAGCCCCUGAAGAACCGUGAUGUCAUCACCCUCCGCUCCUGGCUCCCCAUGGGCACUGAUUACAUCAUUAUGAAUUACUCAGUCAAACAUCCUAAAUACCCACCUCGGAAAGACUUGGUCCGAGCUGUGUCCAUCCAGACGGGCUACCUCAUCCAGAGCACGGGGCCCAAGAGCUGCGUCAUCACCUACCUGGCCCAGGUGGACCCCAAAGGCUCCUUACCCAAAUGGGUAGUGAAUAAAUCUUCUCAGUUCCUGGCUCCCAAGGCCAUGAAGAAGAUGUACAAAGCGUGCGUCAAGUACCCAGAGUGGAAGCAGAAACAUCAACCGCACUUCAAGCCGUGGCUACACCCGGAGCAGAGCCCGUUGCCGAGCCUGGCGCUGUCGGAGCUCUCCGUGCAGCACGCGGACUCGCUGGAGAACAUCGAUGAGAGCGCGGUGACGGAGAGCCGGGAGGAGCGCACGGGCGGCGCGGGCGGCGAGGGCAGCGACGACGACACCUCGCUCACCUGAUUGUGGCACCACCGCAGGGACCUAGACAAGAUGGAGUGGGGUCAGGGGUGGCGGAUCCUCCCGCGCUUUCUCCCCUCCCCCACCGCCUGCGCCUCCUAGGGACGCUGGGCUGGGGCCCAGGCUGGCGCUGCGGCCCCACUGGACACAGCCCCAAUAAACGAUCCCACAGCCUCA